AUGGCUCGUGGCGAAGCUCCUCGACCUCCAGGAUCGUUGGUGGUCAAUACCAUGCCUUGCAGCGAGUUGAUGGUAGGCAUGGACGGGCGUCCUAUGGUCUCCCUGGGUGGUUCAGUGAUGCUGUUGGGCCUUCCCAGCAACUUCACCACGCCCAUGCAGAGCCUUCCCACCCGGUAUAGCGGCCAAGAUCGAUCCAUUGAUGAGCUCUUGCUGCCUGGAUACGAGAAGGAUCAGGUCUUCCCUACGUUGUCCAGAUACGUGCGGAACGUUGAAAUCUCUCCACUCUUCAUGCUGGAGCGGGAUGUUCUCAGACGUGUGGUGGCUGGUAUCAAUCCUAUGCAGGCAUGGGUUGGAGGAGUGGAAGAAUACAGGGAAUACAAAGUCGUACCCCCGCCCCCUAGCUAA